AUGGAAAAUGUAUUACUUCCCCACCACGAGCAACAAACUUUAUGUACAACACGCCUCCCGUACAGACAAGGAAGAAAACUCACCGCUGUAAAGGCUUACUCCAUUACAAAGGAAUCAAAUCACCUCCUAAUAUUUGGAGUCCCAUCUCUCAACCUUCGCCAAGAAACCAAAUCAUUGUUCCUUAAAUUUGGACGCAUACUACAAUUCACAAUAUCUUUAGAUCAUCCUGCUGAAUCAUUUACUGAGACAUAUCAUGCACAGUAUGACAAAGUGCAAUCUGCAAGAGUAGCUAAGAAAAUGUUAGACACCAAGAAUUUCUAUGGUGGCUGUUUACACGUCUGCUAUGCUCCAGAACUUGAAAAUAUUUCUGAGACAAAAGAAAAAUUACUACAACGCCAAAGAGAUGUUUUGUACCGUUUAAAAAAUCUAGACAAAGAAGUUGUUAAGAAGAAUAUUAAAGAAGAUAUAACUAUUGUUAAAGAGACUACAGUUAAAGUAAAUAUGGCUGAAGAAAAUAUCAUUUAUUAUGGAAACACUAAAAGAAGAAAGGUGGGAAAUAAAAAGAGUGAUGCCUCUAAUAGCAAUUCUAUGAAUUAUGAUAUCCAAAAUAAGAAAAACAAGAUUAUUAGCAGCAAUAGUGACAGCCGACCUGCUGUUAAUUUUAUAGGACCUUUAAAUAAAGGAAGUUUAAUUGAUGUGGUUCGAAAUGCUAACAAGAGUAAAGACAUUGGUCAUAUUUCAAAUAAUAUAGAAAAUAAAAAUGAAGAAAAUAUAGAAAUAGUAGAUUGUACAUCGGUUCAUAAUGAAACAAUUACAAAUAUUAAUGAACAUUUAAAUUAUAAAAAAUUUGGAACUGAGAUUGUUAAAAAAAUACCUGUUAAACCUGUGAAUAAGAUUAAAUUUAAUAUUAAUAUCUAA